AUGCGAAGGGUCCUUGCUACGAUAUCGGCUGAGGUUACGGAAUUGGCUGCUCGGGCCAGAGAUGGUAAAUUGCAACCGAAUGAGUUCCAGGGUGGUACUUUCACGGUGUCCAAUCUUGGCAUGUUCGGGAUAUGUAUUCUUGCUAUCGGUGGUGCCGAGACGAAGCUGGUUCCAUGCGAAGACGAAGGGUACCGAAGUACGAAAGUCAUGAAGGUUACUUUGUCAUGUGACCACCGCGUUGUAGACGGAGCGGUUGGAGCUGUUUGGCUGCGUCAUUUCAAAGAGUUCCUGGAGAAGCCACACACUAUGCUUCUUUGA